GGGUGAGGCGCUUCACUCACUCGUUACUCACGGAGCAGCUCGCGCACGCAACGCACACGCUUUUCUGCUGCUGCGUCGCUCGUUGUUAUUUGUUGUUCGUCGCCCGUCGUGUAAAUCGUGUCUGCGGCCAGCCAGUGUGAAUCAUUGAGAUUAGUUCCUUCGGUGGUGGAGGAUCCCUAGGAAGAGUUUGGCCGAACUAGACCACAGUGUGGGUGGCAUCGAAGUGAAAAAUUUCUUUAAGAAAAUUUAAUUAUGUGAAGAAAAAAACACAAGGAAAAUGAAGAUCACUUAAUUGAGGGAAUUUUUCCAGUGAACCUAUCAAGGGUGGGUUUUCCCCUCUGCGUGUAAGGGUUGCGUGGGGAACAGAUCCUAAACCAGUGUGAAUGUACGUGCAUAAAAGUGUGUUGUAUUAAGAGUGCAAUUUAAACUUCCAAAAAACAACACAAUUAAGGUGAUACAACAUCAACCUAUGAAGUUGAUGCAAAACGCGUGUGUUUCUUAUAUACUACAAAAUAAUAUAAAUCUAAAGGAUCGGUGAAAGUGGUUAGUGAAUGUUUUUGUGAGAAGAAAUAUAGUGAAACCGGAAGUGCAAUUUUGCGGUAACACAAUCCUUCCAAGUGGUGCUGCAGUGUGUGUGCGUGAAUAUAUAGCAACCAAUUUCCACGGCUACUGCGUGAACUCAGAAGGCAGAAAACAAUCACAACAAACCCUACACAGCACGAUGGAGUCGGACGGUGAGCGUGGUGGUGAUGCCGGAUACAACCAUUACAACUCUCCUCAGCACCAACAGAGCUACCAUCGGAACUACGACGAGUAUGUCCACCCAAUGCAACAGCAGCAGCAACAGCAGCAACAACAACAGCAACACAAUGCAGCGGCCAGCUCGCCCCUAUCCACGCUCUCCCAGCACGGCAGCAUGAUGGCCCCGCAAAGCCCUAGCAUGCUCGGUGGCACCAACGGGAUGAUGCCGUCGCCCCUGAUGCAGUCCCAUUCGCCGCUGCUCUCUUCGAACGCUUCCCUGCUUCAGUCCCAAUCGCCGCUGCUGUCCAGCUCGCCGCUAAUGAGCCAGUACAGCCCGUACCACCAUCAGGACGUGCCGAUGCCGACGAUCCUACCGCAGGACGAACCGGGCGGUGGUGGUGGUGGUGGUGGCUGGGGUGGAUAUGCACUGACCGCGGCUGGGCCUUAUCAGAGUGAGUUCUGCGCCUCCAACUAUGGUGUGCUGCACCAGCGCCAGGCGUACGGGGGACCGCACGGCGCAGGUAAACUGGGACCGCACGGCGGUCUCAAGAGUGCCAAGGAGGCCCGGAUCCGACGACCGAUGAAUGCGUUCAUGGUGUGGGCCAAGGUCGAGCGGAAGAAGCUGGCCGACGAGAAUCCCGAUCUGCACAAUGCCGAUCUCAGCAAAAUGCUCGGUAAAAAGUGGCGCUCUCUAACGCCUCAGGAUCGUCGUCCGUACGUGGAGGAAGCGGAACGGCUGCGAGUGAUCCACAUGACCGAGCAUCCCAACUACAAGUAUCGUCCCCGGCGCCGAAAGCACGCCAAAGCUCGGGCAGGACCAAACGGUGGAGCCGGGUCACUCGGGACGGGCGCAUCGGUGGGCGCCAACAGCCAGGGCAGUGCUGCCGGGGCCAACCUUACGGUUAACAAUUCGUCCCCGAGCGAACUGAACUACGGCGACGGUGAUUCCUCUCAGCGCAUGAGCCCGUUCACGUACAACCCGCACUACUACGCCGGUAGCAACAACGCACUCAACACGCCCGACUCGAGCCCAACGCAAAGCCCGGAACCGAUCGCCGUCCCGCCAACCGUCGGCAGCCGCAAGCUGGCUGCCGUAGCGGCGGCAGCGGCUGCAAACGGAGGCGCCGUACCUGCCAACGGGGACUCCAAGAUGGACGAUGUGUCGUCUGCCCUGCCGACUCCCGAGAUGAGCCCGUUGGAGCUGGAGAAGGAACCGGGCUUCGGUGGAGGACUCCAUUCGGCACACGCCGGCAGCUACGAUGACCUGAAGAGCAAGCAGAAGCUGACGUACGACGGAGUGUACGGUGUGAAGAGUGAGCAGAAGCUGCCCGCCACCUUCCAGGCCCAUGCGUACGAACACGAAACGCACCAGAGUCAUCAACAGCAGCACCACCAGCAGCAGCAGCAGCAACAUCAUCAGAGUCAACAUCAUCACCACCACCAACAAGACGCUCUCGUGAAGCGUGAGUACGGUGGAUUUGGGCACGGUGGCGAAAAACGAUACGCGUACGAAGGCGUGGGACAGCUGGUAAAUGGCAGUGGACUGCACGAGAAGCGCAACUACCUGUCGGUGAGCUCCGGAUCCACCACGACCACCGCCAUGGUGAACGGGAUGUACGUGAUGUGCACGAACCGGAGCAUCCUGGACCAGGGCCACAUCGUGACCGGCACGUACUUCCCGCCGCUGGCAACGUCGGAGGAUCACCAGACGCUCGGCACGACCACCAUGACGACCAGCAGUCACGGUCCGACGCAUCUCAGUACAAACAGCAACCACAACAACGGCAGUGGCAACAGCAACAACAGCCCCGGCACUGCCGCCAACGCGCAGAGUCAGCUGAAGAGCUCCAACGGACUGCUCGGUGCGGGAGUUUCCACCGCAAACACGCAGAUGUCCCAGAUCAGCAACAGCAAUGCGCAACAUUUACAGCAACAGCAGCAGCAGCAGCAACAACAGGCGAUUUCUAAUGAGCAACUCAAUAGCUACUACGGCACGGCGUCGCUACCGAACGGGACGCUGCCGACGUACUCGUACGCGUACAAAGACUACGGCAUCAUGUACGAGAGUCACAGCAUCCCCGGACAGGAUGUGGAGGGUGUUGAUUCGCGCGAUCUGGAAAAGUACCUCAAGUACCCGGACAGCAAUCAAAACUUUAACGGGUAUGACAGUGCGUCCUACCAUCAGACGGCGGGAUCUUCCCCGGCCGGUGGAUCUAUCUAUGGACUGCCGCAGGGUGAGUACUACACGUAUGGAGGCGCUGUACUCGCACAUCAGUCUCCACAACAUCAGGCGCAACAGCAACAACAUCAGCAGCAGCAGCAGCAACAACAACAGCAGCAGCAUCAACACCAACAGUCUCAUCAGCUCUCGCUAUCAGCCAACGGAGGAGGAGGAGGCCAAGGCAUUCCCAAGCUUUCGGACGUGAUGCUGCAGGGUCCAGGAUCGCAUCAGCUGCCCUCCACUCCGGUCGCUCUGUACGCGCUGCCACAGCUUCAGCACGCGCAGCAUCUUGCCGCAGCCGGCGGAGGAACCACUCAGCUGGUGUCGGUGCAGCACGGUGGCCAUCCGCUCGGCCCGAACGUCGGCACGAUGGCCGACAUCUACGUCGCGAACGAGCAGCAGCUGAAGGACGACGAGUUUAGCAACAUACUGGCCGGUGUGCGCAAAACCUGCUACAGCAAUUAGGGCGCGGUUGCCGGACGGCCGGGUCCCCGGAGGGCUCGUGGAAAUACUCAAAAUAGGACUCUCGGGGUGGGUUAUAUCCGAGAUCCUUUUCUUCCCCCAAGGUAGUAGAGCUUCAUUUCAGUUUAUAGCUGUGUUUUUUUUCUGUUUGUUGUUUAGAAGAAGCUCGCCCACACACACACGCACUCGUACUCUCGUAUUAAUCAAAUCCCUUCACUCGUUACGCUGUUGCAAAUCCCUUUGAUUUUUUGUUUAGUUGUUAGUGUUUUGUGUAAAUUAAUGAUCAUUUCUCGAUUCCCCAACGUGUGGUACCCACCGAAAAUCAAAUUCACGUUCAAAGUGACUCUGUGUAUACUGGGGAGUAAACUGUUGGAGAAAAAGAAGGUUCCACAGCGCGGACUACGAGUGAACCAAAGGUUUUGCUUUUCUUUCGUCCCCAGCGUGAGCAAUAACAGUGUAGCGUAAUUUUAAUGCAAUUUUGUAAAAAUAAGAACCCAUGUGUGUGAGAGGAGAGGCGCGACGAUUAAGUUAUCUUUUUUUUUUGCACCUUAUUGAAGUUGCUCCAAGUUUUUCCCCAAUACGUAUUGUGUGAGACGACAUUUGUACAUAGCGUGUGUUUUUCUAUCAUAUACUCUCGUUACGAGCGCGAGAAUAUUGUACAGAAGCGGAUGUAGAAAAUCACAUAAAGGUUGUAGUUAAACUUUUUCAAAACAAAAAGCAACAGUAAAAAAAAAAAUUAGACAUCAGUCCCCCUUAAGCAGGGGAAAAGUAUCAUCACAUUCCGCUAGAAUAAUGAUCGUAGAUUAGUAACAAGUGGGGAGGGCCGGAAAACAACAUUAUUAUAGAGGUUAAUUAAUCGCCCAGGCAUUAGGCGAGCUAGCAACAGUAGGAACCAACGACGACGUGCGUGGCGAUGAGUGCCUAACGACGAUUGACGAUUCGAAAAUGCGCCACCUUCUGUUUUGUGUCUUUAGGGGAGAGUCUCUGGUGGGAAAACUCUGGAUGUGAUGAUCCUCCUGCCCUGGGAGGAAUCGGGAAAAAUCACGAAAGCGGUAUAAAUCAUCGCGCAGCCGUAUCUAUGAAUCAUUUAUGUUGAGAAGAUCAUUAAAUUGAAAUCACAUCAAAGGCUGACUUUACGACCAUCUGAGCUUAGAGGGAGGGAAGGUGUCGUUCCUUCGGUUCCCCCGUUUGUUGAGCGCUUUCCGUUCAUUAUUUUCCCCCCGAAAAAAACAAAAACAAAAAGUAGUUCGAUUUCCUGCAAGUCGUCGUUGGCUCACUUUCACGUCGGAAAAGCGGCCUUCCUGGCCGUAAUGAGUAAGGUAUGUUUAGAAUAACAAAAAAAGAGAGCGGUUCAGAAAGGCCCAAGGAAUGUAUGAGUGAAAUAAAUUAAAAGCAAUGAUAGAUGUUCAACCAAUA